AUGACAGCUCUUUCGAGUCGACUUGAUCCCCCACCAAGUUUGGUCCCAACUCUCCAGACAUUUAAUGAUGGUAUCCAAAGACAACAUGAUCUCAUCUCAGAACUACUGAAGCUAUCUGGGACAAGCCCGAUCCGAGUCCAUACCAAAUCUGGUUUACAGGUCAACUUGCAAUUCCAACUCCAACAAAUCGGCAACAAAUGGCAUGAAGUCUGCCAGCGCAGUCGUGUUGUUCCCUAUGGAUUCGGAGCAUAUGGCAACUUUGUUGAGCAACACCUGCCCAAGCUGGUCGAGCUAGAGCCUACUUCAAUGGAGGAUAUGCUUGACAUGUGUAGGGUCAUUGCAACGGUUUACCAUACCCAGGCUUCUGGUUUUUAUGAGGAGAUGCAGAGUGCCAUUAGCGAGAUUAAAUUCAUCAUUGCAUCACUCGAGCAGAGCGUUGAAACGCUUCAGCCAAAUCUGAUCACGUUGGAAUCUAUCAGCCAAGGCGAAUUGGUCGGCGUUUCAGAUGGAAUUCUCUCCAUCAUCUUAGCUGAUAUCGUUGAGGAUGCUUUCGAUGCAUCAUCUAUCCUCUUGGCCUGUGAUGACGCGACAUUGGCGAGGUUGAUGAAGGACAAUGCUUCACUCAAGGCUCCAUUUCAAUAUAUUCAUGAAGCGAUCAGGGCCAUUGGUUUGUCUCGAACGAUCGAUGAGAUCAAGAAGACUGUCGCGAUUUCUUCAAGUAUCGCGAAAUGGCUUCAAUCACAGCUUCCAAUGUAUGAAGGAACGUCUGCAUUAACCUUCAAUACGGCAGAUGCCUGGCAGGGAGUCCAUGAUGGUCUUAAAGGUCUGAAUCAGCAGGCUCAGAACGUGAACAGAGUGUUGUCAGCUGGAGAAGGGAACAAGCCUUUGUCAUCAUGGCAGGAAGUACACAGGCUUACGGCGUCUAAGGUCCAGACAGGACAGUCGACAGCGGCUCUAUCUGAUGGCCAGUCUGAUGAUUCAGGUGCACUUCAAGCAUUUUUCGCUGCUCCUUUGGUUUCAGGUAGAGUUCUCCAACCAAAAGACCUCUCACAACUGAUUCAAGAAUACGCGAAUGCGUCUCAAACCCUCUACAACGCUUUACAAAAUGACAUUGCUGGUGAGAGUGCUCAGAUCGAAACUCUGAUCAAGGACUCCACUCUGCCUACUUCAUCGAUCGCUGGACAGGCUCUGAAACAGUUCGCCUCUCGUCAGCCUGAGAUACCGUCACUACCGAUCGAGCAAACCGCUUGGGAAUCGUUUUGUAAUGCACGUAUGCCGCAGCUCAAAGAUGGAUCGAAAAAAGUUCAGGAAGCAUAUGACGCCAUUUACAAUUUACAGUCGAAAUCAAGCGAUUUGAGCACUCAUAUCAAGUCUCGCAUUACAGAGCUCAGUCUUACGCUAGAAAGGAUCAGGCAGUCGACUCGCGAGAAAAGAGAUGAACGAGCACGACAGCAGCAAUUGCUGGCACAAAUUCCCCUUGCCUGGGCUAUCAAGCGACUUAUUGAUCAACUCUCCGGCGAGAUCGACCGUCUUGAGGAAGAAGACCGACAAACAGAUCGAUAUAUCCAGUCAUUGAUGGAGACAAGAGGGAUCACUAACAGCGUUGGCGAACGUGUCGUCGGCUUGACAAAUCUAACGACUGGGAUGUCCAGGUUUUGGUUGGAUUUGCAGGUGGUAAUGAAUACUGCGAACGUCGUUUGGCCUAUCUUGCACAAGUUGCAGAAGCUCCCUCAGGAAGAGAUCGACUUGUACAAGAAGACGUGGGAUGCUGUCAGGGUCGCAGUACAAGAAUGGUGA